AUGGUUCUCUCUCUUUUUCUAGAGGGUGGGUUACCUUUGUCUGAAUCAGUUUUUGACUCAGGUUCGUCAUCCUCCAGUUCAAUUCCUUCAAGUUUCCCUGCAGCGAACUUAGCUGCUAGGGUCACUAUGAGCUCUUGUGGGUUUGCCGAGGAAGAAUGCAUCUCAGCAUGCACCUUUGCUAGAGCUUCGAUUUCUUCCUUGGAAACUGCCCAGUUCGUAGCUCGAUGUAAGGCAUCAGCUAGAGUCUCUUCCUUUUGGACUGUUACCUUGGUGUCUCCUAAGAGACUCAUAGCUGCCACCAGUCCCAUUUUGUUGGGAUCGGUCGCAUUGACCGGCAGCUGGCCAUGCCAGAUCGUAAAGAUCUUCUUCGAGCUCGUGAUUUGCUUGCUCAGCCCACCUGGGAUUCUAGCAGGUGCAUACGAGCUCGAUCGUAUGUUUGCACCUGGAAGCGGAAGUUCUCCACCUAAGGGAGGUGGGGAGGUCGCAACUGGGUGGAAACAUACUGUCCUUGUCCUCUCAGGAUUAAGUGUUGUGCUUCUUGCAAAGACUGAUGUUCCUAGCCAUCUUGCAUUAUGCGUCUCGCAUCUUGGAGAAGGCGGAGGGAUAUUUUGGGCUCCGCCUGCCAACGUUCCCGCCACAUUAGACUCGAGGUGUGUAGUGCCCAGAGGUGUGAAUACAGGAUACGUUACCGUGAUAGGGGUGUACACCGAGCGACCAGUGGUCCCUAGUGACACAUGGACAAGGGAGAAGUCCAAGGAUGUCCGACGGGGAAGGCUACGUGCCGCAGUUGGUGACGUGUAA